CAGUGCAGAGAAAGUACCCGACAGUUAAUGCGCAGGGUUAGCUACUUUGUCCCUCAUCUCCACAGCAUGACAGAGCUUACAUUUGGGAUCACAUUUGUGCGACAUGGGGAGACGCAGUAUAAUAGAGAUGGCGUGCUUCAAGGCCAGACUAUUGACUCAGACUUGUCAGAGAUUGGGCUGCAGCAGGCCGAGGCUGCGGGACGCUACCUGAAAGAUGUUAAAUUCCACAACGUGUUUGUCAGCAGUAUGCUGCGAGCCCGGCAGACUGCAGAAAUGAUAUUGAAACACAACAGCAGUUGUUCUGGUCUACCAAUGACAUGUGACCCUUUACUGAAAGAGGUGAACUUUGGGAUUGCUGAGGGUGGGCGAAUGCAGGACAUGAAAGAUAUGGCCAAGGCAGCUGGUCAGUCAUUUCCAGGCUACACCCCUCCAGAGGGAGAGACUCAGGAGCAGGUGAAGGAACGGUUCAAAAAGUUUUGGGAGAAAAUGCUCCAGCAAAUCCAAUCCGAACAUUGGCUUGACAGAGGUGAGGGUGAAAGCGCCGUAGCUGUGACACCAGAAGCAUCUCCUGUGGAAGGAAAGGCGGACGAUGGGGUCAAAGGUGUCCCCGUCCAUGUACUGGUGGUCGGCCAUGGGGCUUACAUGUGGGUGGCAAUGCACUACUUUGUGGAGGAGUUACAUUGCCCCUUACCUGAGGGUUUUGACAAAACACGUAUGUUCUCUGUAAGUCCUAACACAGGCCUCUGUCGGUUUUUACUAACCUUGAGGAAAGAUAAAGACACUGUUCAUUCAUCAGGGAUCCACUGUGUGUUCAUGCACAGGGCAGACCAUAUUAAAAAGUAGGAGUUGCAUGUAUCGAGGUUUAGAGGUUAACCCUAACCCUAACCCUAACCCUUAAGAAAUGUAUGGGAGUACAAUGUGGAAAAACUCACAGAAAGUUUACAAUUUAGAUUAUUUAUUUAUUUAUGCACUCUGUAUUUAUUUUACAUUUGGUCAUUUUAAAAUACAAUUUAUUCUAACUUUGAAAUUGAUGGAUGAACAAUGAAGUUUUUUACUUCUAGUUCUUUAUUAGCAUGUUAGUGAAAGGAAAAAAAGUUGAAUUUAGUGAAAAAAAAUAUUAGGUCCUGUUUAUUACUGUGUAGUUUACCAAGUGGAAACAUCUUUUCAAAAACCAUUGUGCACCUGAAUUCAUUUAAUUCAUUAUUCGUGUAUUAAAUUACAAAGAUAAAGAUUUAGACAUAUAAUCUAUUCAUAUGAUUUUAUACAUCAAUUGUCAAUAAAAC